AUCGCUCUAAGGAUGUGAUGAGUUCGAAUGUGAUUCAUGAAUUCUUUUAAUGAUCGUGAUUAUAACAACAGGAAAUGGCGACAAGAAACGCUCGUUCAACCUCGAUCCUGAAUAUUUUGAAAGAGCAUGUGAGGCAGCUACGCUACCAGCAAUGGUAAAAAAUUUAGCCUUGGCCCUCAUGCAGGUCCACGAACGCAGCACGGCUAAAUUUCGUAACAUAGACACCAAGGACAAAAAUGCAAUGACAUCAGUACUAAAGGACGUAAGGAAGAUUAGCAGACUAGUGCUGAAGAAGGUCGACGCCGGCUGCUCCCGGAACCCGUUACUUAUAUUGUGCAGCAUGGGGAAAACGUCGUGGUGAAAAACAGAAAUGUGCAGCCCGAUAAAUUGACAAGCUCCGCUGAGGAAACACCGAACGAACGGAUAAAAAAUUUCACUGAAAGAGUGGAUGAACCGGGAGUAUUGAAGUCGUGG